AUGAUGGUGGCAUGCGAUGAAGAGAAGGCAAUAGUGGAGGUCGAUGUCUUUUAUUUGAUGGAGACGUGGCGAGGCAAUGCCGAUGACGUAGACGAGCUUCAGUUCAAUGAGGUGGUCGUCGUAGAUGAUUUGUCAUUGAGAGUGACCAUGUCCAACAGCUCAAGAGAACUGGAUGGAAAGAAAAAAGACACAACAGCGAGGACAUCAACGCUGAACAACUUCCUGAAGAACCCCCCUGUGCAGGACACGAAAGCCAGAGGCAGUAAGAUGAUGACUGCCAACGAAGCUCUGAACCCAAUCUCCGGAGGGCUCAUGAAGGGAGUCGCGUACAUGACGCCACAGCUGAUGCGAGCAUCGUACCAGAAGCAGUCAGAAUCCGAAGAUUCAUUGCCCGAGUGGGAGGGAGAGGUGUUGGUCCUGAAGCCAGCAACCAACACCAUGGUGCGGGAACACAGCGUGACCAGUUCAGAUGGCGGACAAGUUAAUGGUCAAGAGAUCGCAAGAGAGCAAGUCGACGUCGAAAGUUUGCAAAAUGAUGCACACGUGAUCGCGUCUAAGACGGCGCAGGUGCAGACAACUCACCUGGUAGAAGUGAUAACGGUCUCUGCCGCCCCAGCCAAGAGGUCCGACAUGUCGGAGAACGGAUUCAUCAUCACGCUCUCUUUGAUAUCCAACAGUAGCAUGAGCUUCGCGGUGAACUCCGAGGACGAGGCCAUCGACUGGUUGCGACUCAUCAACCAGCGGAUGAAGAGCGUCCGCCUGUACUCCGACUCUCUCAAGGAGGGGAACCUCCUCAAGCGAUCGCGCCACGGAAUGUGGGCAGCCCGAUGGUUCGUCCUCAAGAACGGACAGCUCUUCUACUUCAAGCACAACCUAGAGGCCGGGGAAGGAAGCACCCCAGCUGAGAGGCUCCUUCUUGACAAGGACGACAAGAGUAUCAACCUUGGCGAGGUUGUGUUUGCGCAAGUGUGCUCGGAGGAGAACCAUCCCUUCUGCCUCCGGCUGCAGACAAGUCGAGACAGCAAGCAGCAUGGAAGGCACAUCGUGCUGGAUGCAGCGGAUGCUGAGCGAGUGCGAGCUUGGCUGGAGACGAUUCAGAGCUGCAUGAGAGACAUCAAGGAGGUGUAUGCUUGGGGGGAUGCUCAGAACAAUCAGCUCGGGAUGCGAGCCAAGACUGCAAAGAUUGUGCAGUUUCCUACAGCUGUGCAAGCUUUUCUUGAUACCAACGUCGUUCAAGUCGCCUGCGGCUCAUCCUCAGGCACGGCUCUCAUGGGCGAUGGCUCGGUCUACACAUGGGGAGUUGGCACAGGAGGCAGGCUGGGCCAUGAACCUUGUGCUGUCUCCUACCUCUCGGGAUCUUCAGUGAGGCAGAUAGCAGUCUCAGACUUCGCGUCAAUGGCAGUCACGGACAAGGGUGACCUAUACGUAUGGGGAGACAUCUCGUGGGCGUCGGACGGCAAGAGGUCAUAUGGUUGGAUCCCCCUGCUCGUCUUGGAGCUCUCGCAUCGCGUCUGGGAGGCUUCUCUCGGACCCCAUCAUGCUGCUGUCGUCACCUACACAGGCCAAGUCUACACGUGGGGCCUCAACUUCACUGGUCAGCUCGGGCUGGGCGAUACGCUUGACAGAAGGAAGGAGCAGGAGCAGGGGCAGGAGCAGGAGCAGGAGCAGGAGCAGGAGCAGGAGCAGGAGCAGGAGCAGGAGCAGAAGCAGGAGCAGGAGCAGGAGCAGGAGCAGGAGCAGGAGCAGGAGCAGGAGCAGGAGCAGGAGGCUAUGGUGAUAAGCUGCGGCACGUGGCACACGGCGGCUGUCACCGAGUAUGGACAAGUUGUUACCUGGGGAACGGGAGACCAAGGACAGGUCGGUCAUGGAGACAAGAGCACGUGUUUGUCACCCAAGGCUGGUCUCAAGGACAUCGUGGGCAUUUCGUGCGCGCAGACUCACUCGGCAGCGAUCAACAAGUUCGGGCAGCUCUACACGUGGGGGCUGGGGACAGCGCUGGGGCAGGAGGCGGAGGAGAACGAGAAAGAAAGGAAGAAGAAAGAGGAGAAGGAGCCAGAGAUGAAGAACGCUUCCGAGCCGAAGCUGGGCAUGGGAGAUCAGUCAGCUGAGCUCUCCCUCAUCCUCGAGUCGGCAUCCGCCCUAGCAGCAGCUGGAACGAUUUCGAAGAGAGAGCUGGAGGAGCAGAAGAGACAAGUUUUUCAGUCUAAGAUUGCAACCUGGAUGUUUUCACAAUCUGGACAUCGCAAUCUGCCGGAAAUGACGAUUUGCAACUACUCAGACAAUAUCAGCAAAGAGAGCGAAAGCUUCUCCUCCUCUUCAAACAAUACUUCAAAGUCCCUCCAAGACCAGCUUGAGGCGCAGCUUACCUCCAUCCGCAUUCAUUGCCUCGACCAACUGCAGGAGGACCAGAAAGUUUUGUCCGCACUGGCACGAGAAACUCUGGCAGGAACCAGGAAGGGCGAUGCUCUUCACGCUGCUCCGACCUCGUCUCCUGCUCUUUCCCCUUCUUCCAUCUCUUCCCCUCCCCUCUCCCCCCUCCGCGCUGACAAGAAGCUCAAUCUUCCGAAAUGGAUGAGCGCAACUUGGGAGAGGGUGGAGGCCCAAGAAGAGUUCAACCUCUCCGAGCUUGACGGCUCUGUCCUCCCCGCCAGUCGUCUCGCCUUUGAGCAGGAAAAGCAGAACAACGAGCUCUCUGCUGUGUGUGCCGAGGCUGAUGCGAUGUUCACUCCUGCCAGCUCCGUGGACGAGUCGACGAGCAGCAAACCCGAAAAGGGCAACAAUGGAGAAGCCGAGAUUGGAGGCUUCCUUCAGCAGUCGCAAGAGAGCUCGGAAGACUCCCACACAGAGACGGAGACGCACAAGCACGUGGAUGAAGAGGAUGACGAGGAGCAGGAGGGAGAGGCGAAGGGGGAGAGCGCGGGGCAGGUGCAGGAGGAGGAGCAGGAGCAGCAGGAGAAGGAGCAACAACAGGACACAAACCAGGAGCAGGAGCAGGAGCAGGAGCAGGAGCAGGAGCAGGAGCAGGAGCAGGAGCAGAGGAAUGGAUUGGUGAAAGGGGAGGAGGGGCAUGAAUCGCAUUCAGCCGAGCAAGAGGCGCAACGAAACGAUGAGAAUAACGGAGCUGCGAAGGGAGAGGAGGAGGAGGAGAGCUUGCAGUGA